ACAUGACAGGGGUGUUUUGAAAGCCUGGCUAAGGGGUAAAGGGGGUUGCAAGAGAUUGAAUACAGGAAGCUGGUUGGCGGGCGUGCUAUCGGAACGCGAUGAUAGCGGCGAUAAGGGGUAGAGAAGGACGAUGAUAAAGGCAGUGAGUGAGUGUGAGCGGGGGCGAAGCGAUGGUGUAGUAGUAGUGUGGGUGAGCGAGUGUCGGUGUGCGGUGCGUUGUUCGAGAGCAGCGUAUAGCGGGCUUUUUUGUUGAUGGUUUUGUUUUAUUGCCCUGAGCUGCCUCCUUUGCUGUAGAAAGAAAAGAGGAGAGGUAGAGCACGGUUUCCUCGGUUGCUCUUUCUCCUCACUCUCAUCUCGCUCUCUACGUGAAGACUAUGACAACAUUUUGAGGGGCGUGGGGGUGCACCGUCUACCUCUACCCGUCACCUGUACCACGCCAGAGAAAACGGUACCAGCAGGAGUAAGGAGGCGCCGUAGAAGAAGACAAUGGCGCGUGGAGUCAGGAGGGGCUCGUCCAGAAGAAGGGGCCAGCCCAUCACCACCAGGACGGUGCUGGUGAACGGCCGCCCGCCGGAGAACCUGCCGGAGCCGCUGAAGAUCCCUAAAUACGUCAACAACCAAAUCAAGACUUCCAAGUACACCUGGAUCAAUUUCCUGCCGAAGAACCUGUUUGAGCAGUUCCGACGUAUCGCCAAUUUCUACUUCCUCCUCGUCACUAUCAUUCAGCUGUCGAUCGAGAGCCCGGUGUCCCCCAUGACGAGCAUCCUGCCCUUGGUGUUCGUGGUGAGCGUGACGGCGGUGAAGCAGGCGUACGAGGACUGGCUGAGGCACCGCGAGGACAACAAGGUCAACAACUCCCCCGCCACGGUGCUCAGGGACGGCGAGGUCAAAGAGGUGAGGAAUCAGGACAUCGUGGUGGGGGACGUGGUCAAGGUGGAGGACGAGGAGGGCUUCCCAUGUGACCUGCUGCUGCUGCUGUCCUCCAACCCCGAGGCGAAGUGCGAGGUGACCACGGCCAACCUGGACGGCGAGACCAACCUGAAGACGUUCGUGUGUCCCGGCGAGACGCAACACCUGCAGACACCUGAGGACCUGAGCGACAUGAGGGCCGUGGUGGAGUGCCAGCUCCCGCACGCCAACCUCUACGACUUCAAGGGUCGGCUGGACGUGUACCGCGGCAACGAGCGACCGGACACGACAUCGCUGGCCACCGACAACUUGCUGCUGCGGGGCGCCAGGCUCAGGAACACGCCCUGGGUCUACGGUUUGGCCGUGUACACAGGGAAGGACACGAAAAUGGCUCUCAACCUCAAGAUGACCAGCGCUAAAUUCUCCACGGUUGAAAAGACCAUGAACUACUUCCUCCUGUUCUACCUGGUGGUGCUGGUGCUGGAGAUCACCUGCAGCACCCUCGUCAGGUACCUGGUGUACGACGACCCCUUCUUAGACGAUAUGUGGUACCUGGGCAAAAAUCCCAACGCGACGGUGACGGCGCGGGGCGUGGUGCAGGACACGUUCUCCUUCCUCGUCAUCUACAACUACGUCAUCCCCAUCUCCCUCUACGUCACGCUGGAGAUGCAGAAGUUCCUGGGGGCGAUGUUCCUGGAGUGGGACGACGAGCUGAGGGGCGGCGAAGGGAACGAGCGGUGCAAGUGUAACACCUCCGACCUUAACGAAGAGCUGGGCCAGGUCCAGUAUCUCUUCACGGACAAGACGGGCACGCUGACGGAAAACACGAUGUACUUCCGCCAGUGUUCCGUGGACGGCGUGAAGUACGUGAGCACCGACGGGGAGCUGCAGCUGAUGGACGAGAAGAACAGCAACAGGAUCCUCCCGCUCUCUGCCUGGCCGACAUCGUUGGAGGACUUUCUGGUGACGCUAGCGCUCUGCCACACCGUGCAAGUCACCGCGAAGGGCAAGGCUAGGAGCCCCCCGCUGGUGAUGGACUCCGGCGAUGUGCAGAUGGCGGACCUCUCAGACCGCUACCAGGCCUCCAGUCCGGACGAGAAGGCGCUGGUGGAGGCGUGCGCGGGCUUCGGCGUGGUGUUCGUGGGCCAGAAGAGGGACACACUCGAACUCAGGGUGCGGGGCCAGACUAGGCGGUACACACGUCUGCAGGUUCUUGACUUCGACUCGGACCGCAAGUGUAUGUCGGUGGUGGUGCGCGAGGAGUGGUCGGGGCGGCUGUGGCUGCUGACCAAGGGCGCUGAGAGCAGCGUGCUGAGGCGCUGCCACGUGGCGAGCGAGGACGAGCAGCGGAGCCACGACGCCACGGCGGCCCACAUCGACGACUACGCCAUGCUGGGUCUUCGCACGUUGGCGGUGGGGCGGCGGGAGCUCAGCGACAAGCAGUACAAGGAGUUCGCGGGGCAGCUGUCCCUGGCCCGCUCGGAUCUGGAGGAGCGCGAGGCGGCGGUGAGGAAGGUGACGGACCUGAUGGAGGCGAAGCUAACCCUGCUGGGCGCCACCGGCGUGGAGGACCUGCUGCAGGAGGGUGUGCAGGAGACGCUGGAGGCCCUGCGGGUGGCCGGCAUCAAGGUGUGGGUGCUGACGGGCGACAAGGUGGAGACGGCGGUCAACAUCGCCUACUCGUGCGGCCACUUCAAGAAGUUCAUGACCGUGCUGACCCUCACCGGCCUGCAGGACCCCGAGCACGCCGCCGCCAGGCUGCAGCAGUGCACGCAGGAGUCCGAGGUGGAGGGGAACUACGGGCUGGUGGUGGACGGCGCCUCGCUGCAGCUGCUCCUCGACCGCCUCAAGGACGAGUUCUACGCUGUGUGUCGCCGCUGCAUCGCCGUCACCUGCUGCAGGAUGUCGCCCAAGCAGAAGGCAGAGACGGUGCGGCUGGUGAAGAAGAGCAAGGAGAGACCCGUGUGUGCCGCCAUCGGGGACGGAGCCAACGACGUCUCUAUGAUCCAGGAAGCGCACGUCGGCCUGGGCGUGAUGGGCAAGGAGGGGCGGCAGGCGGUGCGGUGCGCGGACUUCGCCUUCGCCCGCUUUCGUUUCCUGAAGCGCGUCCUGCUGGUGCACGGCCACUGGUACUACGUGCGGGUGUCCACACUGGUGCAGUACUCCUUCUACAAGAACGUCACCUUCAUCACGCCGCAGCUCUUCUUCGCCAUCUGGAACGCCUUCUCAACCCAGAGUGUGUACGACAGCCUGGCCCUCACCAUGUACAAUAUCACCUUCACCUCCCUGCCCAUCAUCAUCUACGGCAUCUUCGACCAAAACCUGCCUGCCCACCUGUUAAUGGAGCGGCCUCACCUGUACAAGAACAACGCGAUGAACGCCGCUCUCUCGCCGCUGCAGUUUCUCAAGUGGACCUUUUUUGGUCUGUUCCACUGCUCCGUCAUGUACUUCGGCCUCAUGCUGGCCUGCGCGGACGACACCUGCGGCUUACCCAACGGACAGACCCCCGACCUCUUCCUCUUCGGCACUACGCUCGUCUCCAUCUGCGUCGUCGUCACCAACUUCAAGCUGAUGUUGGAGGCGCGUUACUUCACUCACUUCUUCUUCUGGUCAGUGGUCAUCACGCUCGUUGGCUACGCUGCUCUGUCGCUGCUGUACCAAGGCUUCCUCAUCGACUUCUUCGGUAACUACGGCGUGUACUGGACCUACUACCGCAUGUUCGAGAGCUGUUCCCUCAUGCUGGCUUCCAUCCUGCUCACCAUCGUCUGCCUCAUUCCCGACGUGAUUGAGCAGGUGAUCCGCGCCUACAAGGACGUGAGACUGGAAGAAAGGCGCCUCAAGAAGAAGAAGCGAGCCGUGUCCCUGAAGGCGUUCGUCGGCUUCGUCAACGAGGCCUUUGACGAUCUGGAGGGGACGAGGAGCCUGUGGGAGGUGACCAGGGUGAGCGACAAACCACCACUACCUUACACCGCCUACAGCACUCCCAUCAACACCAUCAACACCACUACCAACGGCUACAACACCACCACCACGAACAACCACUAUAACAACCAGCACAGCAACGCCACCGAGAAGACAAGCCAAAUGGAGCAGCUAACAGUGGAGAACCUACAAAAACUGGACAGAAGAACGAUGCCUACGCUUGCUGUCAGUCCUCAGGGGAUGGACACGAUCACGGAGGAGACGAGUACGUGGUCGCAGGAGAGCUUUAUCAUCUGACGUACGAUAGAUGGCGUUGGCGAGGUGUUAGUGGCUCGUAUUCUCAACCAUUUCGGGGCUCACACACUCAGAUUUGGUAAGGCGUUCGUAGAGGUUGUGUUAGUAGUACUUCCACGGGUAGUUUUAUGGGUCUACUGAUAGUUCAAGGAGGCUUCUGCACCGUGGAGAACAGACAUGAGAACCAGACUAAUCUCCUUUGUGGCCUUUGGAAAUGUUUGUUGUGAGAGCCGAAAGCGUCUGAGAAUAGAGGUUAAAGCUGGAACUGGCAUUUAAGUUCAGUUUGUCACGUGUGUGUGUGUGUGGUAAAGCGUGUGUGUCUAGUCCAUGGUGUAUUGGUGUGCAGGUAAGGAAGGUGAGAAGGAGAGUUACCUGGUGUUAGUGGACUUUUAGACGGGGUUCAGAUGUGUCCACCUCGUGUGUGUGUGUGUGUGUGGGUGUGUAUGUGUGUGUGGGGGGUGGGGGGGGGGGGGGGUGUAUGUGUGCUGUAUAAAUUGUAUAGGAACGAAAACAAAAGCAAAACGCCAAAGAAGUGUAUAAAUGUAUGUUCCAACAACUUUUUACAGUCAGUGUUCGUGGGUUCCUCGCAAGUGUGGUGUAUAAAGUGUAUAGGAAAGGAUGUCGCUAACUGAAGAGUUGUACAUUUCUAUACUUAAUUUAUUUCUACAGUAUAAUAAACGCGUGUUCUCCGCAGGGCUGUAUAAAAUGUAAGAAAGAGAAGGGAAAGAGAAACGCCUCCUGAAGGAUAAUUAUUGUACAUGCAUAUUUAAUUUCAUCCUUUGUGUACGCUUUUUUUUUUUUAUAUAUUAGUAAGCGUUUGAGAAUAUUGUGUUUGGAAGAAAAGGAGAAGAAAAGAGAAACGCCUCCUGAAGACUAAUUAUUGUACAUGUAUAUUUAAUUUCAACCUAUGUGUACGCUUUUUCAUAUUAGUAAGUGUUUGAAAAUAUUGUUUGGAAAAAAAGGAGAAGAAAAGAGAAACACCUCCUGAAGAAUAAUGAUUGUACAUGCAUAUUUAAUUUCAUGCUAUGUGUACGCUUUUUUUAUAUUAGUAAGCGUUUGAGAAUAUUGUGUUUGGAAGAAAAGGAGAAGAAAAGAGAAACACCUCCUGAAGACUAAUAAUUGUUCAUGCACAUUUAAUUCGAUCUGUUCAUAUACGCUUUUUUUUAUAUUAGUAGUCGUUUGAGAACAUUGUGUCUGGAAGAAAAGGAGGAGAAAAGAUAAACGCUUUUUUGUACUUGUAUAGUGAAUCUAAUAUAUUUCUACCGUUUAUAAAUGAGCAAAAGCCACUGAAGAUUGUGCUUGGAAAUAGAAGAAAAAGAAAAGAGGAACCGCUUCCUUAAGAAUAAUUGUAUGUUCAUGUAUAUUUAAUCUAAUUUAUUUUUGGAUUUUAUACAUUAGAAAGCGCCGGAGAAGAUUGUGUUUGUGGUGAAGAAUAAGAGAUAAACGGUUACAUAAAAAUAAUUGUACACGCAUAUUUCAUCUGAUUUAUUUCUAAUCGUUUUAUAUAUUAGAAAACGCCAGAGAAGAGUUUGUUUAGAAGAAAAUAUGAAGACAAAAA